AACCAGAUUCGCCGUCACAUUCCGCCUUUAUAUCGAUUAGGACAAGAGUGGACGCUUCUCUACUCGCUUGAUCAGCACGGGAUAUCUUUGGGGACGCUUUACUCUCGUACAUCCAAGUUUACAACUGAAGGUGGUUGUCUCCUGUGUGUGAAGGACGACAAUGACACCAUAUUCGGUGUUUGGAUAGGUGAUGGGAUUAGAAGGUCCAUCGGGGAGAGUUACUAUGGAAGUGGAGAGUCGUUCCUUUGGAAGCAGCAGGCUGAUACCGAUUUCUCAGACGGACGACCGACAAAAGCUAGAGUUUUCAAAUGGACGGGUAAGAACGAGUAUGUGGCCCUUUGUUUGCCAGAUUCAAUGUCAUUUGGUGGCGGGGAUGGAAAGUAUGGCUUGUUCUUGGAUUCGAACCUUCUGGACGGAUCUUCAGCGCCUUGUCCCACAUUUGAUAAUGAGAUUUUAUGUUCAGACCUUCAGGAUGGCAAAGGGAUGGCCAGGUUUGAAUGCGUUGGAUUGGAGGUUUGGGGAAUUCCACGGUGA